UCAGCUUUGCAGAGUCCUGAUUUGUAGUGAUAAUAUUAAGUAAUUAUGUUUUUAUUUCUUCUCUGCAGUUUUUGUUCUUUUUCUUGGCUUUACACCGCUUGAAUUAUGUAGAUGGCUUAUGAAUUUGAUUCUUUAUGAACUGCUUAGGUGGCCAUCGUUUGUGAAGGCGAGAGAUCGCGGAGGGAACCGAAAACCUGAAGGUUCCACUUUUGUCUUUUGUCUUUUCCUUCAGCCCUUAUUUUUCUGGAUUUUGAUCCUGUUUCAUCAUCUUUUCUUUUCAAAACCAUUUUUGCAUCAGUAAAAUAUGGAGCGGCAGUCGAAAAAAGCUGCAGAGGACAAGAUUAGACAAGAGACCCAGCGACUCAUCCGAGAAACUGCGGUUGCUCUGCCCCGUCAUAUUCCGGAGAAGAUCGAUUUGGAUCAUUUCAUCAACAUGACGGCGGCUAAGUGUUUCCUCCCCGAUCCGCAGCCAACGGGAGAAGAAGCCCCUCCGACCAAGCAGCCACAGACGUUACGGGAGCUCAUCAGGAUGAAAAGAGCGCAGCAUCGCCGUGGAGACGCGAAGCCCACUCUGCAGACGACCCACUCUGGUCUCAUCAAAUUCGGCGAUAUCGAUGAGAAGCCCGCCACCGCUGCACCGGAGACCGCCGAAGCGCCUCUGCCGCAGCCUUACAGGCCGUUGUGCGCCCAUGUCAAACCCAACCAAAAACCUGGCGAAAAAUACGCAACCGUGCGUGAGCGUCUUCAGGAAGAAAUGCGCAGGUUGAAACUGCAGUUCUUGGAGCAACAACAAGCUCAGUAUGCUGAGGAGGAAGCCAAAGUUGAAAGCGUUGAAAUGCCCGAAGAAGAGGAAGAAGAGGUCGAGGAGGAAUACGAGAAAAAGGCCGCGGAAAGCAGUAGCGAUGACGAUGAGGAGGAUGACGAGGAUGAAGACAGCGACAAGGAGAAUGACGCCAGUCGCUGCGAUGACAGUUGGGAGAAGAAGGAGAAAGAAAUUGGAGCACUGGCGCCAUGUGAUUCGGAAAGCGAGCCAGAUGAGGCAGAAAUAGUGGAUGAUGACUAUGGAAAAGACGAACCUGAGCCGGAAGAUAACGAAUUUUUCGAUGCGGAAGCAGAAGAGAGUGAAGGCGACGAACGAUUGGACAAAGAAGAAAGCGAUUCGUUACAUGGAAAGCGAACUUCUGAUGGGAGAAAAGCAGUAGCUCAAAAAGAUAAAACAGAUGAUAUAUCCCGAUUUGCUGUGGACGAGGAUUUCUUCGAUGACGAUUUUUUUGCCGGAGUCGGCGAAAUUCCAGCAAACGUGGAAACUUCCAACAGCUUACCGCGUACCAGUAGUGUUGAUCCCAAACUGGAUAUCCCGUUGACCCAACAACCAGACCUGUUGGCACUCUGCAGUUUUGCAUCCGACAGCGCACCGGGAUCACCGACAAUGCUCAGUACACAGAUGAUGUUCCCUUCUCAAGAGACGGGAGACGCACUGCUCUCCCAGCCAGAAGGUGACCUUUUGAAUAAUAUGGAAUCGUCGCAAGAGCGAGACGAACUCCUGGGAUUGUUGAGCUGCCCUCCAGCUGACUUCAAAAUCAAUAACAGUUGCAGAAAUCUGGAUGAUUUAGAAGAAGACGUUCCCAUCAGGCCGACCAAAUCCUCCGCACGAAAUCGCCUUAUUCUGGAUGACGAUGACGAAGACCCACCCAUAGCGCCAACUGAUCCUCAAGCUAAAAUAAUCGCCUCUAAACCAAAAAAACCGCUAACAACCAAUAUAAUGGAUUCGGAUUCCGAUUCGGAUAUGGAUGAAGAACGUCCUCCGCUUUCAGUUACAACACAACAACCGUCGCCGCCUGCAGAUACCACUCCUGCCAAGGAGGAUGAUGUUUCUCCCGUGUUGGAUAGAAAUGAUUUGGAUUCUGAGUCGUUGAAAGUUGCGGAUAAACCGUCGGAAGAGGUUGCAGGGGAGAAGAAACAGCGGUGGCGACCGGAAGUCGAAUCGGAAGAAGAGGAGGAAGAGAACAAUGCCGACGACGAGAUGGAGGAAGAUGGCGAUGACGACGCAGAUGAUAAGGACGAGGAAGAGUUUCUGGCCAGACCGGAAGAAGACGACGAAGAAGGGCUGGCGGAAUACUACGAACAAAUUAAUGUGCGGGAUAAGAAGAGUGUGGCAGCCAAGUUCUUCGAAAACGAGGCCGAGCUAUCCGAUGAUGACCAUUAUCAUGGAAGUGGCGAUGAAGAUGAAGACGCUCUGGACGAAGUACGCCCGGAGGAUUUGGCGUUUGUGGAUUUGAAGAACAAGAAACUGAGCAAAAAGGACCUGCGUAGCCUGCAAGAGUGUUACCAGGUAGACGAAGAAGAAGAUCAUGAAAAUCUAAUGGAAGUGCUAAAAGAACGCUUUCUCCACGAAGAAGAUCCAUUGCUAGCCGGCACUGCCGAUAUCGAACGCCCUAAAUACUACGGCUUGGAUUUUAGCGGCAUUAUCGAAGCGGUAGCUUCUGAGCCGGCGUUGGAUCCGGACGAUCCCGACGCCAUUCUGCAGAGCAGUCUUUACUAUGUGGCCCAGGAGGCCCGCGAAAGGGCUAAUAUCGAAGAGGAACGGGAUAAAAUUAUGCUACAAGAGAACAGUUUUGUCCAGUUUUACGAAAGUAUCGCAUGUCGAGAGAAAAUGGGUGACCAGUCGUUGAUUGCAAAUUCCGAAAACGGUGAAGAAAGCCCGAUCAGUUAUUCAAUUUCAAAGAAGCCAAAACCGCGCGGCUUGUUUGGGAAGCGGCCACGAGAAAUGGCGGCUCGCUUCACGGAGAUGAUUGCCAUGGAAGACAAGGUCGUAGCGCCGCCGCCGCUUGUGGCUUCCAUUAGUCUACCAGGAAAGUUAACGUUGCCCGGAGUGGAAACGUCGCGCGCCAAAAUCCUGGCGCGUUCCGUAUCCAACAACGAAUCGGCACAUAAGCGACUGCGUCUGGCUGGUGCAAUCCACGGCAGUGGCAAGAGCGUCUUCUCCAUCUUCCAUUAAAGCAAAAUACCAAUUGUCGUCUGCUUUUUACCGGCAAAUUCUGCGUGAGCGUUUCUAUUCAUUUGGGUUAAUUGUUAGGACGCAACAUGUGUGAGGUGGUGUUUUUGCAAAUUGCUGACGGUUGGGAUAUUUAAACUCUUUCUUUACGGAUCAAAUAUGUUUGUUGCUAUUGUUUAUUCUAGCAAGGUCAACAUAAUUUAUCAGAAUGUAACUAAACUUAAAGAUGAAACAAUACUGAUUGGCUAUGAUGGUUUACAACAAAGCAAGAGACUUACUGUUGAUGUAAAAAGAAGUGCGAGUGUUUGUAUCUGUAUUUUGUACUGCAUACCGUAUAGGAGCCAUCUGUUUUUUACUUCUGAGUGUUUUCAGGGUUUUUCCGUUUUAUUUUUUUUCCUAGUGAAAGAGUGUUG